CGAAGUAAUAACCACAUCCCUCCGAGACGCGUCCCAAAGGAUUACAUUCACUCCGACGCAAAGAUGGUCAAGGUUAAAGCUGAUAAUCAGCUCCGGGGUGAGCUUGGAAGACCCGUCGAGUAUCUCAAGGCCCAUGAAGCUGUCUGCUUCCACCAGGGUGAAGAUAUGAACGCCUUGACGGUCUCCUUCAAGCGCACCAUUCGAGUUCCUGAGGAUGGCAAAGUUCACGCUCUUCCCCCCAACCUUGGUUUCUUCCCGUUGUACAAUGUCAGUCACUAUGCUGACACCCUUCCCAAGGGUAUGACCUCGAAGGGUGGUUGCUUCAUGCCUGUUCAUGAGCGCGAGGCGUUGUGGAUCCGUUUCGAGUCCACUCGUCCUUUCGGUUUGAAAGUCUACCUCGGCAGCAUCAACGCCAUCAGCGGCGAGCCUCUCAAAGAGACUUUCGCUUCUACGAUGCGUCGUCAACAACGCUUCUCAGACCAUAUUAACAUCCAAGACUACGCAGUAAUCGACCCAGCCGCUCAAGGACAACUCUGGCUUGAUGGCAUCGCCAACACUGACGGCACAGUGAUGCAAUUUGUAGCCGUCUCUUCCGGAACCGGAUAUUCUGUCGAGGCACAGAUCGCAAAGCAUGAGGCGGUUUGUGGCAUUCAAAUCAUUGUUGCGCCGAUCAAGCGCGGUGCCGUCGCCGUCUUGAAGGUUCACCGGCUCGGACAGACUCCGUUGUUCCCAAGCGUUCAAUUGAAUGCUACGGUCUACGAGUUGAUGAACAUGAUCUCGGCCACGAUUGACGUCCCGGUUGAGCAGUUCUAUCUCCUUCAUGACAACGUGGUCCUUGAGAAGAAUUACCUUCUGUCCCAUUACGGCAUCACGGCACAAAACUCAACCCUCCACCUCGUGCUCCACCUCCAAGGCGGCGGCCUGGUCGGCAACCCGAACCUACCAUCCGAAGGCGAGAUGGGCAUUGCGGCCGGCGGACUCAUCCGACAAGCCAUCCUCCGCGACCCGCACGCCUCCGAGGUCUGGGAUUGCAAGAACGUCACGACUUUCUUCGUCCAACUCCUCAACGCCAAUCUACUCGAGCUCGUCACAAGCAUCGCCCCGCCACCUUCCCCCAUCACAGCCGAACUCUACGCCGCAGCCGGACUCCCGUUCUUCUCUCUACCCGACGAGCCGAAGACGGGUAUCUACGGCAAGUUCUCGGGCGUCAAGAGUAUCGGUCAGAUGGACGUUGCGAAGGGUAAGAAGAAGGGUUUGGAUCGGGAAUUGAAGUUUCCGGUUAUCAAGCUGGAUAGGAGUGGCAAGCAUUUGUUCAGACCCGUGGGCCGGAUGGAGGCGUUGUUGAAGGGGAUGGGGUUUGCUGGUUCUUAGGAGAAGGACCGGUUGGGAUGGAUCACUUGUAAGGAUGCUCUGGAGUAGGUUUUCACCCGGUAGAUGUAGAUGUAAAUGAGUUGAUUUUGGC